UGUGAUUUUGUUUAGUAGCAAUUUGCUCCCAGCCAUGGAAAUAACAUCAGAAAAUUAUAUUAAAUGCUGUCGAGUAUGUUUGGAUACUGACAAGAGCAAUUUGUUUUUGAAUAUUUACGAUACUUACCUGCAUGAUAUUGAUGUGAAUCUGAAUACCGCUUUCCAGAAAACUACAGGGAUUACAUGUUCCAGAGAUGAUCACCUACCGCCUAAAAUAUGUCAAAGCUGCCAAUUGAGACUGCAGGAUGCCUACAAUUUCAUUCUGGAAAGUUGUAGCAAUAACGCAGUCUUGGAGACGCUAAGAGCACAAGCUAACGAACAACUUAUAAAACUUGAUAUCGAGUGCGCGGCAAGCGAUGAUGGCCAAGUUGACGAGAUUGUAGAUAGUAAUGUGGUGUUGAUUGAUAAUUACGUUGAAUCCCAUAUGUCAGCUCCGGAGAUAGAGGAAUACUUGUUGACAAAAGAUACGCUAGAUGUUUCGUCGACAAACGUCGACAACCCGGAACUUUCCGAUGAAUGCAUCGAGAGCGAUGCAACCAAUGCAGUUGAUUUUAUCCUGCAAAAUCUUAAAAAACCCCGAGUCGGUACAAAAAAGCAAAAAUCUGACGCCGCAUCACGAAGGCACAAUUGUGAAGUGUGCGGUAAGCUGUUCCAGCGAAAAUCUAAUCUGGUCGACCAUCUAAGGCUGCAUGCCAAUGUCAAGCUAUUCUCGUGCAACUAUUGUGAUGCAGCAUUUGUGCAAGCAGGCAAUCUCAAAAGUCAUAUUCGGAAGCAUACACUGGAGAAACCGUACGAGUGUGAACAUUGUGGGAAAUGUUAUAGUCAAUCAAGCGCCCUUAAAACGCAUAUUAGAUCACAUACUAAUACACGGAAUUACAUCUGCGACAUAUGCCAAAAAGGAUUUACCAACAGCUCCGAUUUGACUAAACACAAGAAGACACACUCGGAUUUGCGCUUUUUGCAAUGUGUUUUAUGCGAUAAGCGCUAUUUUACGCAGAGAAUACAUCUGAAAAAACACAUACAGUCGUAUCAUGCUUCGGAAAAUUUCGACGAAUUGAUGCAAAGAGGUACCUUAAAGGAGGGUGUUCGUAUAAGUCUAUCACUUGAGACCAGAAGUGAAUCGAAAAAAACGAAAUGAUUUAUUAAGUCUAAAUAUAAUAUCUAAUGCUACCGUGUUUUAUAGUUAAGAUGUUACAUAUUCAUUGCUCUAAGGUUAGCAUAACAUAUUUCAAGAAUUGUAAUAGCUUGGUUUUUUAAGUAGUACCUUUACUUUUGAUAUAUUCCACUGUAAACUUGCUUCGCGACGUUGACAAACUGGUUGCAAUUACAUCACCGUGACAUACUAUACUACUACGCGUUUAGAAAAUCAUCCAGUUCAACUUACUUACUUCCAGUUCAACGUUAAAUUUAAAAAAAUGUUAUAUUUACUGCUUUCUAAGAUUACUUAGAAAC